AUGCAGGAUACACAGGGCUCCCGCCCUGGCAGCACCAGGGACGUUGGAGGUGGGCAGGGGCAGGACCUGUGCCAGGGUGAGGUCGACUUUGGAGGGUCUGGGAAGAAGCCAGGCAAGUUUGUGAAGGUGCCGAGCGGCGUGGCGCCCUCCGUGCUCUUUGACCUGCUGCUCACCGAGUGGCACCUGCCGGCCCCCAACCUGGUGGUGUCCCUGGCGGGUGAGGAGCGGCCUUUCGCCGUGAAGUCCUGGCUGCGAGAUGUACUGCGCAAGGGGCUGGUGAAGGCAGCUCAGAGCACAGGCGCCUGGAUCCUGACCAGCGCCCUCCGCGUGGGCCUGGCCCGGCACGUCGGGCAGGCUGUGCGCGACCACUCGCUGGCCAGCACGUCCACCAAGGUCCGCGUGGUUGCCAUCGGCAUGGCCUCGCUGGGCCGCAUCCUGCACCGCCGGCUGCUGGACGAUGCCCUGGAGGACAUCCCCGUCUACUACCCCGCGGACAACGGCGGCAGCCAGGGCCCCCUCUGCUCCCUGGACAACAAUCUCUCCCACUUCAUCCUGGUGGAGCUGGGACCCCCUGGGAAGGGGGACGGGCUGACCGAUCUGCGGCUGGGGCUGGAGAAGCACAUCUCAGAGCAGAGGACUGGCUAUGGGGGCACUGGAAGCAUCGAGAUCCCUGUCCUUUGCCUGCUGGUCAAUGGCGACCCCAGCAUCCUAGAGAGGAUUUCCAGGGCCAUGGAGCAGGCAUCCCCGUGGCUGAUCCUGGCAGGCUCAGGGGGCGUCGCCGACGUGCUUGCUGCCCUGGUGACCCAGCCCCACCUCCUGGUGCCCCAGGUGGCUGAGAAGCAGUUUAAAGAGAAGUUCCCCAAUGAGCCCUUCUCCUGGGAGGAUAUCGUGCACUGGACCACGCUGCUGCAGAACAUUGCCUCUCACCCGCACCUGCUCACCGUGCACGACUUCGAGCAGGAGGGCUCCGAGGAGCUGGACACGGUCAUCCUCAAGGCGCUGGUGAAAGCCUGCAAGAGCCACAGCCAAGAGGCACAGGACUACCUGGAUGAGCUCAAGCUGGCCAUGGCCUGGGACCGCGUGGACAUCGCCAAGAGCGAGAUCUUCAAUGGGGACGUGGAGUGGAAGUCCUGUGACCUGGAGGAGGCCAUGAUGGACGCCCUGGUGAGCAACAAGCCCGAGUUUGUGCGCCUCUUCGUGGACAACGGUGCCGACGUGGCCGACUUCCUGACGUUCGGGCGGCUGCAGCAGCUCUACCGCUCCGUGCCCCGCAAGAGCCUGCUCUUCGGCCUGCUGCAGCGCAAGCACGAGGACGGCCGGCUCACGCUCGCCGGCCUGGGCGCCCAGCAGCCCCGGGAGCCACCGGCCGGGCCACCCGCCUUCUCCCUGCACGAGGUCUCUCGCGUGCUCAAGGACUUCCUGCAGGAUGCCUGCCGCGGCCUCUACCAGGACAGCCGGGCCGUGGGCCGGAGGAAGGAGGAGAGGGGGCCGGCCAGGCAGCCCAUGGGCCAGAAGUGGCAGCUGGACCUUAACCAGAAGAGCGAGAACCCCUGGAGGGACCUGUUCCUGUGGGCCGUGCUGCAGAACCGCCACGAGAUGGCCACAUACUUCUGGGCCAUGGGCCAGGAAGGUGUGGCAGCCGCUCUGGCUGCUUGCAAAAUCCUCAAAGAGAUGUCCUACCUGGAGACGGAGGCCCGGGUGGCCCGCACCAUGCACGAGGCCAAGUACGAGCAGUUGGCCCUGGACCUCUUCUCCGAGUGCUAUAGCGACAACGAGGACCGUGCCUUCGCCCUCCUGGUGCGCCGGAACCGCUGCUGGAGUAGGACCACCUGUCUGCACCUGGCCACCGAGGCCGACACCAAGGCCUUCUUUGCCCAUGAUGGUGUGCAGGCCUUCCUGACCAAGAUCUGGUGGGGGGACAUGGCCACGGGCACGCCUGUCCUGCGGCUGCUGGGCGCUUUCCUCUGCCCUGCCCUGGUCUACACCAACCUCAUCAAGUUCAGAGACGAGGCCCCACUGAGGACGGGCCUGGAGGACCUGCAGGAGCUGGACAGCCUGGACAUGGAGAGGAGCCUGCUGUACAGCCCCGGCGGCCGGGUGGAGGAGCUGGCGGAGGUGCGGAGAGCUCCAGCCGACAGAGGCCCACGGGUGGCCUUCCUGCUCACACGCUGGCGGCGGUUCUGGGGUGCGCCUGUGACCGUGUUCCUGGGGAACGUGGUCAUGUACUUUGCCUUCCUAUUCCUGUUCACCUGCGUCCUGCUGGUGGACUUCAGGCCACCUCCCCAGGGGCCGUCGGGACCCGAGGUCACCCUCUACUUCUGGGUCUUCACACUAGUGCUGGAGGAAAUCCGGCAGGGCUUCUUCACGGAUGAGGACACACACCUGGCAAAGAAGUUCGCACUGUACGUGGAGGACAGCUGGAACAAGUGUGACAUGCUGGCCAUCUUCCUGUUUGUCAUUGGUGUCACCUGCAGGAUGCUGCCCUCGGCGUUUGAGGCUGGCCGCACAGUCCUCGCCAUCGACUUCAUGGUGUUCACCCUCCGGCUCAUCCACAUCUUUGCAAUCCAUAAGCAGCUGGGCCCCAAGAUCAUCAUCGUGGAGCGGAUGAUGAAGGACGUCUUCUUCUUCCUCUUCUUCCUGAGCGUGUGGCUCGUGGCCUACGGCGUGACCACCCAGGCCCUGCUGCACCCCCACGACGGCCGCCUGGAGUGGAUCUUCCGCCGCGUGCUCUACCGGCCGUACCUGCAGAUCUUCGGGCAGAUCCCACUGGAGGAGAUUGAUGAAGCCCGUGUGAACUGCUCUGUCCACCCACUGCUGCUGCGGGACUCGGCCUCCUGCCCCAACCUCUAUGCCAACUGGCUCGUCAUCCUCCUGCUGGUCACCUUCCUGCUGGUCACCAACGUGCUGCUCAUGAACCUGCUCAUUGCCAUGUUCAGCUACACAUUCCAGGUGGUGCAGGGCAACGCUGACAUGUUCUGGAAGUUCCAACGCUACAACCUGAUUGUGGAGUACCACGAGCGUCCUGCCCUGGCCCCGCCCUUCAUCCUGCUCAGCCACCUGAGCCUGGUGCUCAAGAGGGUCUUCAGGAGGGAGGCGGGGCGCAAACGAGAGCGUCUGGAGAGAGACUUGCCGGAUCCCCUGGACCAAAAGAUCGUCACCUGGGAGACGGUUCAGAAAGAGAAUUUCCUGAGCAGCGUGGAGAAGAGGAGGAAGGGCGGUGAGGGGGAGGUGCUGCGGAAGACCGCCCACAGAGUGGACUUCAUUGCCCAGUACCUCGGGGGGCUGAGAGAGCAAGACAAGCGGAUCAGGCAUCUGGAGUCGCAGAUCAACUACUGCACGGUGCUCCUGUCCUCCAUAGCAGACACACUGGCCCAGGGCAGCGUCCGCUGGAGUAAGCGUGUGUUUGAGGAGCGUGGGGCUCUCGGAACUGUGCUGGUGGGAGCCGGCAGCCCCCUGUUGACCAUGGAGUGGGCCCUGGCAGCAGGGAGCAGCCAGAGGCUGGCCAGCCACCCUUGGGCCCCUGAGCUGCUUGGCCUGCCACGCAAGGCCCUUAGCGGACCAUCCUAG